UCAGGGCUUCCUUCUUCUCCUCAGCUGAGGCCACGAUGCCCAGUGAUACACUCUGGGAAAUUGCAAAAGCUGAAGUGGAAAAGAGAGAAAUUUCUGAAAAUGGUGGAGAUGCAGUAGAAGUUUGUGAAAAAUCUGUAUUCUUCAUUGGCAGUAAAAAUGGGGGAAAGACUACUAUUAUCCUACGAUGUCUUGACAGAGAUGAGCCACCAAAACCAACCUUAGCUUUGGAGUAUACUUAUGGAAGAAGAGCAAAAGGGCAUAACACACCUAAAGACAUUGCUCAUUUUUGGGAAUUGGGUGGAGGAACUUCUUUGUUGGACUUAAUCAGCAUACCAAUAACAAAUGAGAGUUUGAGGACGUUUUCUUUAGUUCUUGUCUUGGAUCUUUCAAAACCCAAUGACCUUUGGCCGACCAUGGAAAGCCUUUUGCAAGUCACAAAAGCCCAUGUAGACAAACUCAUAGUGAAACUGGGCAAGACCAGUACUAAGGCAGCUUCUGAAAUGAGGCAGAAGAUGUGGAGUAACAUGCAGAAGGACCAUCCAGAUCGUGAAUUAAUUGACCCGUUUCCAAUUCCUCUGGUGAUAAUUGGAAGUAAAUAUGAUAUUUUUCAGGAUUUUGACUCUGAGAAGAGAAAAAUCAUCUGCAAGACACUUCGAUUUGUUUCCCAUUAUUAUGGAGCUUCAUUGAUGUUUGCCAGUAAAUCAGAAGCUCUUCUACUGAAAAUACGUGGAGUUAUCAAUCAGUUGGCAUUUGGCAUUGACAAAAGCAAAUCAAUAUCUGUGGACCAGAAUAAACCACUGUUUAUCCCAGCAGGAUUGGAUUCUUUAAGUCAAAUAGGGUCACCACCUCUCUCUGAGAAUGACAUUGGAAAGCUUCAUGCACAAACACCAAUGGAACUGUGGAAAAAAGUAUAUGAAAAAGUCUUUCCACCAAAGAGUGCCAAUACAUCCAAAGAGACCAGAGACCCAGCACGAGACCCUCAAUAUGCAGAAAGUGAAGUUGAUGAGAUGCGAGCACAGAAAGACCAGGAACUGGAACAAUAUAAAAAAAAUUCUUCUAAAUCCUGGAAACAAAUCGAGUUUGACACCUGAAACUAAUACAAGUGAACACAGGCAUUAGUAGGUUGUGAUAUGAACCCAGAAAUCUUGCUGUAUUAAAAAAAAAUCCUAAAACAUCUAGUGACGGGGAUCAAAUGUAUUUUAUGGACAAUAUUAUUUGAGUUUUGCAUAGUAUGGAGUCAUUUAUAACUAAAUCCUUGUAAUGUCUAGAUAUAUCAACAUAACUUUUCUGUACCUACUUAUUUAUAAAGAAUUCAUGAUCAUAUAAAAAGCUA